AUGGCAGAGAGCGAGAGAGCCGACCUCGGCCGCGACCUGCUCAGCAAGAUCGGCCCCGACGCCCUGUCGGCCCCACAAGAGCGCACCUCGGCACCCUCGCUCCUCGUCAUCGACCUCAUCUGCUUCAACGACCAGCUCCCCAACGCAGCCCCCUAUCGGCACCGAUACCCGCCCAACCACCUGUUCUGCGGCAACCCUUCCGCCAACCGGCCGGCCUCGUCACGCCGUCGGCUCUACCUGCAAGACCUACACGACCGCAUAUUCGGCACCCGCGUCGUCUUCUUCAAGCGCCCAAACUCGUCGGCGCUGUACCGCCGCCUGUCCUCGUCCACCUCGACCGACCGGCCGGUCGAGAACGCCCGACGGCCCGACCCGCACGACUCUGCGCGCCGGCUUUGCGCCAGCUCGCUCACGCUCUUCCACGACCGUCACGACGGCGCCCACUUGCGGCGUUGGCGCCUUGGUCCCUCGAGGCUCUUCUACCUCGAAAUCGUCCUCUUCGACGUCCUCGAUGGUGCGAGUGGCCUGAACGCGAUCGAGCGAGCAAAAGACGACACCUACAACCUCGCCGGGUCGCCCCUGUCGACGAUCCCGACGCUCUCGACCCACCUCCGCCUCAUCAUCCGCCUUCCUCCCUCGACCUCCUUCUCCUCGUCGACCUUCUCGCCGACCUUGGCCAACCUCGACCUCGACUCGCUUCAACGCGUCAACAUAACCUCCUUCUUCGCCCCUCGUCACCUGCCGACCGUCCCCGACUUGCAGCCGCGUUGCCCUCGCCCCUUGCCGCCGUGCUCGCGCCGAACGAGCCGCACUCGCCUCGCCAACCUUCCCGCACGUCGACCGAGCCCCAAGCACGACCAGCAGACACGGCCCGCGAGCGCCGCUUGA